AUAAAAGUGAUAUCAUGCUCAUAAGAUUAAUAUAUAAACAAGUUAAAAUGAGAUUAAUAAAUGAUUAGAACAACAUAAAUGAAUCGUAAGCCUUAAAACAAAGUCAUUUCGCCUAAACCAAAACUACGGGCUUAAGCAGCCAGCAUCGCAUGAAACGACGUCGUUGAGAGCGUCCCCUUUCUUCCCCACAGGCACAAGCACAACCCAACUGCAACAAGAGAUAAUAAAAUUCCAUCCUUGGCCGGCCACAGCUCAAGUAACCACUUGCCAAUCUUCUGUUCCCCGUCGGAAGGCCGCCGUUUGCUACUUCGAGUAAUGUGAAUCGAACUGAGUCUCGGUCAACGGAGACGGAGAUUUCGAGGGUAUACUAUCCGUUUAGCUGAAAUGGAUCGGGCACCGAUGACCUUGGGUCCGGGCAUGGAUAUGCCGAUCAUGCACGAUAGCGAUCGCUACGACUUCGUUCGAGAUAUCGGUUCGGGUAAUUUUGGUGUUGCCCGAUUGAUGAGGGAUAAGCAGACCAAAGAGCUUGUUGCGGUUAAGUAUAUUGAGCGAGGCGAUAGGAUUGAUGAAAAUAUUCAGAGAGAAAUUAUCAAUCACAGGUCUUUGAGGCAUCCAAACAUUGUCAGAUUUAGAGAGGUGAUUCUAACACCUACCCACCUUGCUAUCGUGAUGGAGUAUGCAUCCGGAGGAGAGUUAUUUGAACGCAUAUCUAAUGCAGGACGAUUCAGCGAGGAUGAGGCUCGUUUCUUUUUUCAACAACUUAUAUCUGGAGUGAGCUACUGUCAUUCAAUGCAAAUAUGUCACCGGGACUUGAAGCUAGAAAACACACUGUUGGAUGGAAGCCCAGCUCCUAGGUUGAAGAUAUGUGAUUUUGGGUAUUCCAAGUCUUCUUUGCUGCAUUCACAACCAAAAUCUACAGUGGGUACUCCUGCAUAUAUUGCUCCGGAGGUGCUGCAUAGAAAAGAAUAUGAUGGGAAGCUUGCAGAUGUGUGGUCAUGUGGAGUUACAUUAUACGUUAUGCUGGUUGGUGCUUAUCCAUUUGAAGAUCCUGAAAACCCCAAGGAUUUUCGUAAGACAAUACAGAGAGUCAUAAAUGUUCAAUACUCUAUUCCGGAACAUGUUCUGAUUUCUGAGGAAUGCCGUCAUCUAAUUUCAAGGAUCUUUGUUGCUGAUCCUGCACAACGCAUUAGUAUGCUUGAAAUCAGAAAUCAUGUGUGGUUUCUCAAGAACCUCCCAGCAGAUCUGAUGGAUGAAACGACCCAGUUCCAAGAACUGGACCAGCCGAUGCAGAGCUUGGAAACCAUAAUGCAGAUAAUCUCCGAGGCCACUAUACUUCCAGCUGGUUUAUAUAACCUGGACAUGAUGGACGAUGAUGACAUGGAUGACCUCGAUUCUGAUCCUGAUCUUGAUAUUGACAGCAGCGGGGAGGUCAUUUAUGCAAUGUGAUUCCCACUUUUAUUCUUUUCCUGCAAAGAUAGUACAAGAAUCGCAGUGCCCCGCUGCAGGUCGCUAUUUUAUGGUUGGAUACAUAUUCAGUGGUCAUGUACUUGUACUGUUGCAUCAGGUCGAUCUUCUGUCAUAUGCACUAUAUAAUUUGUAUUGCAUCUAUUUAAUUAUUUUUAUUUUUGUAUGUAUUUGUGUCUGUACGCUGUGUUGUUUCUGUAUCAUUGUAUAAUAGGAUUGUGAAAAAGUGGAUCGAGCUGAAUAUAUGAAGUCAGUGUGGUUUGUGUCAA